AUGAUUGACGAGUCUGGAAAAGCUCAUUGCCUAUCUUUUGAUGAAAAGGGAUUGAAAAAUUACAAGGAACUCUCAAGUGAUGAGAAGGAAGACAUCCAGCAAAACUCCUGGGAUGCAAAUGGGGCAGCACUCAAUUUUGAAGACGAGUUGAGCCACGUAAUUGGAAAUCUGAUGGAGACAAACAGCAAGUUAGGAGAUGUCCCAGUCAAAGUGAAAGUCAGUGGAGAUGGUGCAAAGAUGACAAGAUUGACAAAUUUCAUUGUGAUCAGCUUCUCUGUUCUUAAUCUGGAAGAAACUGUUAUGUCAUCAAAAGGGAACCACACAGUUGCAGUAAUCAAAGGUCAUGAGGAUUAUCACCUUUUGAGGACUUCCUGUGCAAAGAUCUUUAGCUGCAUCAACAGGCUGGUAAAGUCAGGAAAAAUCAACAUUAAAGGGAAGGAUGUGCCUGUUGAAUUUUAUCUAGGAGGUGACUAUAAGUUCCUUUUGUUGGUACUUGGCAUGAAAGGAGCCACAUCUGACUAUGCAUGUAUUUGGUGCAAAAUUUUCAAAUUAGACAGAUGUGAUAUGUCAAGGCUUCAAAACUACUGGGAAACUCAACAUGGUCGAUCAAUUGAGGACAUAAAAGAAUGCGCUUUAAAAGGUCAUUUUUCUUGUCAAUUCCAACCUCUGCUCAAUAUAAAGUUGGAAAAUGUUGUUCUUGAUGAACUACAUUUAAUGCUUCGAAUCACAGAUGUGUUGACAAAAAGCUUAAUUAACCAAGCUCUUGAAUGGGAUAUAAAGGACAACAUACCCAAAGCUCCCAAAAAUAGGUCAAACCAACACCUAACAGACCUGGUUAGGUCAAUAAAUGAAUGCGGAGUCACAUUUAAUGUCUGGGAGAAAAAGAAUGCAGAUGGGAAAGGCAGUGGGGUAUAUGAUUUUACUAGCCUAAUGGGUGCAGACAAGAAGCUAUUAUUGAAGCACCUCCCAGAAAAGUUAAAGAAUUGCAUUGAGGCAACACAUAGCGAUGCUGUAAUUAGUUUGUGGAAGGAUUUCAGUCACAUUUACCAAAUGGUAAAUGAGCCUAAUCCUUCAGCUUCACAUAUCGAUGAACUAUUCAAACAGGCUUCUGCUUGGGUUAAGCUAUUUGUAUCGCUUAGUGGUGUAGUCGAAGGGUGUGGGAAGAAACAGAUCACACCAUACAUGCAUUGCUUGGUUUAUCAUGUGCCAAACUUUAUGCAGAAACAUGGUGGUAUAAAGAAGUUUACAGGGCAAGGGGUAGAGAAGAAGAAUGAUGACGUACGGAAAUUCCAUUUGACCAAAUCGAACAAGUGGGAUGCACCUAAAAAUGUCCUGCUUGUGGGCAAACGGUUACAGGUGACCAGUGAACAAGAAAGAACAACAAGAUCCUACUACAAAAGGAAUAUUGAUUAUUGGUCACAUGAAAUUAAAGAAGCACGAAGUAAAAGGCGCAGGAAAUUGUUAUAUUCUCCUAGUUCCUGUCCUGCAUCGCAGGAAAGCAAUGCAGAAGACACUUUAGAUGUUGAAAGUCUAUCAAUUGCAGAAAUCAAGGAAAAGUUGAAGGAAUUGGGAGUGCAAACCCGUGUUAGGAAACUUGAGAAGUUGAAAUACAUUCUGCAAAAAGCACUCCAAGACUGA